AUGCCAGGAUGUUGGACGAGGCCGCUGAGCUGUGAAACCUUGCUUGACCAUGUCGCGCCUGGACGUCAGAGGAAGUGCGCCACGACAACGCCACAGGCCGCCAACAAGCCGCCAACAGGCCGCCCACUGGCCGCCCGCUGCAGUGGGGUAGCCUCACCCCUCCCCCCCCCGCCCUCACAGGCACUUCACACAGGUGCCUCUCGCUGGGGCAACAUCUCCCCACGCGCAAUGGAGCUCCUCACGCGCAGUCGAUCCUCGUCCAUCCCCCGCGACUACUCUACCAGGCUUCCCGACCGCUUCACUGUCUACAAUGCCGCCGAGCUGCUCGCCAAGUUGCUGGCUCUCGAUAAGUUCCUGCACGCCUCCUCCUCGGCCCAGGAACACCUCCUUCGCUACGAUUCCAUCCUGCGCCCGAGCUCCUUGGAGAUCCGCCAGUACUUGGAGGACUUUGUGCACGACACUGAGCCCGCCAAGCAGCUGCACGACCUCAUCAUGGGGCAUCAAGUGCGCCUGCGUCGUCCAGAUGGCAUCGCCGCCGCCUGGGAGCACGCAUACCGCAAUGUCCGCCAAGGACGCGAAUGGGUCAACGAAACCAAAUUCAACCUCCAAGUUUACAAGGGCCGCGAGUGCACCAGCUCUGAAGCCUUUGCGGUCCUUCCCCAGAUUGACGCCCUACUAGGGACGCGCCUGCAGGCCAGCUUUGAUGUCCUCUAUGCCAAUGUCAAACGAUUCCCAUUCCUGCAACUGCCGGCCGAGCUCCGUAUCCACAUUUACUCGUACUGCCUCCCUCGAGCACCCUACGUGUCCAUCUAUGACGACCCUACUACCUCCUACAAGCCCCCGAAACCCAACCUGAACUUGCUCUCCGUCUCCCGCCAAAUCCAUGCCGAAGCCACAAAACACUCGUACGAGAAUCGCAUCCUCUUCCUCAAGCUCGUCCGCGGUCCCAACCUCCAACCCGUGAGCGUCCUUCCUCUCAGCCGUGCCUACCAAACAGCCACCCGCAUGUCCCUGGAUAUGCGAAACUAUUUCAAAAACUUAGAAAUCCAGAUUGCAUAUAAUGCAACUCAACCACUGCCUAGGCAGUGGGGCUUACACGAGACCGAGAUUUCUCUCCCUCGUCUGUUGGAGUUAUUUCCGCACCUCGAGUCGGUUCUAGUAUCCUUUCCCCACCCUCCUGUCAUUAUGAACUCACGCUUGCAUGAGACUGCGACAAGAACGGCAGAAUGGGUUGCGGAGCAUACCCCAGCAUCAAUCCAGCUGUUCUGGGACUUCGAGGGCUUUGAGCAUUGGGAUGCUAAGAAAAGGAUCGCUAAGCUGAUGGGUGGGAGGCGUGGAAUACAACUCGGUCACAGUGUGUUGAAACAAUGUCUGCCGAAAAAGCGCUCUCCAGAUCCUGCUGGUGGAAAUAUCUAAUCACGUCAAGUACAGAUUAUCUCCGACUUCCCUUUCAUGCCCUUCCUACAUCCUUAAUGAAAGCACGUUACCCCUCGGUAAAACUUCCCCGCACCUCCCAUCUGCAUCUCCCACGCAUCCAUCAGCUUCUAAAUCCCCCGCUCUCCAUCUCCGUCUCGUUAAUCACCCUCACAGCAGCCCUCAUCCAGUCCAGAGACCGGGACAGAGAAAACCUAGAAGUUGCGCUUAGCUCGCCGCCGUUCAGAAUAUUUCGCGAUGCUUCUGUCACCGACUCAACGCUGCCACACGCCCUACCCGAUGUAAAGGCUUGUUGCGCUGAGUUUUUCCUGUGACGAAGGGAUUUUGGAACGUUGGGUUUCACCCACGAUCGAGCCAAAUAUCGCCUGAGGACAGGAAUAUGCCUCCGAAGAUGGA